CUCAACUCCGACAGGGAAAGUGGCUCAAAUGCGCAUUCUGCCACAGUGGAUGUGAACCAACCCAGGCGAAGAGCGCGUGAAGUACUGGUUGGAGAACAUUUUAUAUCCCUUUUGGAUUAAUUUUGAUCUUGAAUCAUUUGGAGUUAGAAUAUUAAAUUGUGUUAUCCAGUUAUCCUGUGCGCACUCGUUCCUGUGCGCUGCUAUCUUGAAAUAGACUUUUUUCUCUGUUGUUGGCGAACUUUACAACCAGGUGAAUGUAUAGCAUGAUGAUGGAAACUGACCUCCAUUCCCCCGGUCCCCAAACGAACACAAACACGGGGCAAACGGGGCCGAACAGUGGGUCCAAAGCGAACCAGGAGCGGGUGAAGAGACCGAUGAACGCGUUCAUGGUUUGGUCCCGGGGCCAGCGGAGGAAGAUGGCACAGGAGAACCCAAAAAUGCACAACUCUGAGAUCAGCAAGCGGCUGGGCGCAGAGUGGAAAGUGAUGUCCGAGGCUGAGAAGAGACCUUUCAUCGACGAGGCGAAACGGUUGCGAGCCAUGCACAUGAAGGAGCAUCCGGAUUACAAGUACCGGCCAAGACGGAAGACCAAGACGCUGCUGAAAAAGGACAAAUAUUCCCUCGCUGGUGGACUGCUUUCUGGGCCAGGCGGUGGAGUUGGAAUGGGAGUUGGAAUGGGAGUCGGGAUGGGUUCAUCCGGGGUCGGGCAGAGGUUAGAGAGCCCCGGGGGUCACGGAGGCUCCGCCGGCUCCGGCUACGCGCACAUGAACGGCUGGGCGAACGGUGCGUACUCGGGGCAGGUGGCAGCAGCCGCGGCGGCCGCAGCGAUGAUGCAGGAGGCGCAGCUCGCCUACAGCCAGCACCCUGGCAGCGGGGUGCACCACCACCACUCACACCACCACCACUCACACAACCCGCAGCCCAUGCACCGCUACGACAUGACGGCCCUGCAGUACAGCCCCAUCUCGAACUCUCAGAGCUACAUGAACGCUUCUCCAUCCGGCUACGGCGGGAUCAGCUACUCACAGCACCAGGGCUCCGGCGUCUCCUCCUCGGCUGCCAUGGGGACGUUAGGGUCGCUUGUGAAGUCGGAGCCGAGUAUUUCUCCGUUGUUGGAAUAGCAUCUACACUGGGACAUUUUGACAAGAGCAAACUGUCCAUCAUGGCUAUCACCAGUGGACAUGGAUCACUGUGGGCCUGUGAUUAACAGAUAGCGCCUUGUCUCCUCUGCUGGCAGCCCAUCAUUACGUGGAGCACUAGAAGAUAGGUGCUGUGGGAGAAAAGACCUUUAGGAAAAUGUCAGCGACAGUCAGAGCCCCAAAUUUCCUCCAUUCACUCUUUCCCAUGUGAUGCUACCUACUAUAAACCCCUUAAUUACACACAUCCCUUUCUCCUAUUGCCCCGUGUUUUAUAGCUAAGUGCAGUGUUGGAUUUCAGAGCAUGUGGUGAGUUUAUUUUAUCUUAUUUGAAAGACGAGCUGUAAAAAAGAAAAAAAUAGAUAUUCAGAAACACCAGCCCAUUUUUGCAACCAAAAGAAAAAGAAAACCCAGUUCCCCUUUCCCUUUCACUGGAGCCAGCUUCAGUGUCUUAAUACUCUUAGUCCCUCAGUUGGCAAGAAGCCGCUGCAUUUUCAGAUUUGUAAAAUCCGUCAAAAUGCCUGUAAUGAAUAUUUCUACAGCCUUGAGUGUAUUUAAUGUGUGACCGGCCCGAAUAACAAACAUACUGAUCUGGAACAAGGGGAACAGAGAAGCUCCGUCAGUGGGAAACAGGUCAUUCUCAUUUAACUUCUUUUCUGUAGAGAAGCAGAAUAUAAUCAUUUAUUAUUCUCAUUUCAUCCUAGGUGUCGAUUAACAUAUUUCUAGUGCAUGAAGCUUUAUGUUAUGUAUAUUUAUGUUUUAAAUUUGAAAAAAAUAAUAUUAUUACAUUUUUCUUCCUGGAUUAUCAUAUUGUGAGACAGGUCUUUGUUAUGCGCUAACAUUGUACACUUUGUUGUCUAGGCUUUUGCUGAAAAAACAUAUUAAAUAAA